UAGUCAGUUGAUAUUGAGGUCUAGGUGAAAAAAAAAAAAAUGUUUACGUAUUCCUGAUGACGAAUGUGGCACGUGAUAAAUUGAAAAUCGACAAAAAAAAAAAGAAAGAAAUGAUUAUGGAAAUAUUGGAAAUAAUAGCACAGAAUAUGAAAAGCGGCCUCUGGUUUCAGUCGAUUGUAUUAUGGUAAAAUGUCGACCAGUGUUUUUUUUCACGACUCGUGCAAAAAUGUAAAUAAACUUUUAAUCAGUUGACUACACGAGUAACUAUUUAAUAAUACACGCAAUAUGCGUGUAAUUCUCCAAGUGCUUCGUUUUCCAAAAGCCCAAAGAUGAACGUUCCUUUGUAUGGAACGGGAGCAAUUAUAAUUCUGAUUGUUGCCUUGUUUGACUUUGGAACAGUUCUACAAUUUUUAAUUUGCAUAUUUCUAUUUAUUCUAGGGACAAUAGUUUAUAUUUAUAAACAAAUUCCUUCAUCUUUUCAAAAUGCAGUUACAUUUUCAAGAGAAGACAUCUCCGAAUCAAGUAAAAGAUUAUGGGAGCGUUUGGAAGAGAUAUCCAAAGAGUCGAAGGAAAAGAUGAUAUUUAGUCAAGAUCGAAGAAUUACGGGUAGUAGAAUUAUUGAUGAAUCUCUACAAGAAAUUUUAGACUUCGUCUUAAGAGAUUACGUUGAAUCAUGGUAUAGUAAUUUUACUAAUGACCGAGAAUUCCUCCUCUCGGUUAGAGAUACUGCUCGAAAAAUUAUGAUAAACGUAUCCAAUAGAGUAAAAGAAGUAGAUUGGAUUCCCUACUUAACAACGCGUCUUGUAGAUGAUGCAGCGUCACAUAUGAGAUUAUAUCAACAGGCUCGAGCAAAAAUGAAACAGAUUCAAUUAAAUAAAAUUUCAAAACCGAAUAGUUCGAGUACUUCAGGCGGUACGCCAAAACGUGUUACUACUCAUCGUAGAAAUAUGAGCGAUACGGAUAUAUCAUGGUAUUCUCAGUCAAAAUUUUAUACACCAAAUUUAACAUCUCUAACAGAGCCGAAGGAAAAUAAAGAAACGAAGAAUAAUCCUGAUUCUUUGGAAAAUAUUUUUUUCGACUUAGAAGUUCAAAUGGAAAAGAAUUUUUUGUGCAGGAAUUUAGUUUGUACAAAUGAAGCCGCGGAGAGGACAUUCCUGACAGAAAUUUCAGAAGUUAUUUUAUAUUUAGUUCUCCCAAAAGAAGAUUUCGAUUGUAUACCAUUAAGAUAUUUCUUAAGGGAUUUAUUCGUUAAUGUCAUAAUUAGGCCCCUAUUGAAUCUACUUUCGGAUCCUGAUUACAUUAAUCAAACUUUUAUAUGGCUGUGCUCUAAAGAAAAUAACUUGCCGAGUGAUGUUUUCUUAACAGUUAUUAGAAUAACAGACAAUCUAGAAGAAUUAAUAGCGACAAAAAAUAUAGUUAACAGAAGAUUAGCCUAUAUAAGAUCCAAAGAGAUUGGAGGUGAAGAUGACGUUUCAAUAAAACAGGAAUUAAAUAGUCUUCUUUAUAUGAAAAAAAUUCUCGACACACGAAUAAUUGGUAUGCAAGAGGGUUUAAAAACCGAAAACGAUUCCUCUGAACAGUGUCCCGAGUGGAAUAGAUUUUUAGUGCCAGGUCAUAAAUUAAUUCAUUUACCUCUCGAUGAAUUAUUAAGAAACAAUAUUGCCUUGAGUUAUUUUAUUGAUUUUAUGACGAGUAUCAACGCUGAAGCUUAUCUUUAUUUUUAUUUAAAUAUUUAUGGUUGGCGAGUGUCUGCCGAGCAGCAAAUAUCAGAAAUUGAAUUGGAAAAAAUACGUCGACAACAUUCGUCAACAACAACAACAACAACAACAAAAGAAGUGAAACGUCGACAUUCUGAUUUGGGAAAUUUAAAAGAAGCUGCUGUAAAAAUUUAUCAACAAUAUUUGACCGAUAAAGCAAAUAUUAAAUUACAAUUAGACGACAUAUUGGUUAAAAAUCUUUUAAUGAGAAUAAAAAAUGAAUCAAUUAAAGAAACAUGGUUUGACGAGCUACAAAUUUGUUGCUAUGAAAAAUUAAAGAAUGACGAGAAAUUUUUACCAGCUUUCAAAAGAUCAGCUUCGUAUUUAAAACUUUUGGCGGAAUUGGAUUUAUUGAAAGAUUCAACUUCUGAGGAUGAUUCAAAAUCAUUGGAUAGUAUUAGUGUAUCGAGUAUAAAUAAUGAAACGGAAUUGGAACAGGCUUCAUGGUUGGAAAGUCAAAAAGCUGAGACUCAAUCAAAUUCAAGUUCAUCGUCGGGUAGUCGUGUGGGAAGUGAUUUUAGAUCGUUGGACGAAUUAGAAGGUGAUCGAGGGAGUUUAAAGGAAUUUAAAAAAUUAUCCAAACCAACUAUUGAUGCAGAAAAAGUCACUGAGGGAAAAGAAGCAACGGCAUAUUUUGAAUCAAAUUCGGAAAAUAUUUUUCCACUUGACGAAAGUCUUCAAGAUCCAAAUGUUAUUAAAAAAUUACAACAAGGUCGUUUUAGAAUUACGGCGAUAAUUAUUGAAACUGGCAUUGUCAGCGAUAAAGGAAAAACUUAUGGUAUUUAUGCGGUGGCAGUGACAAAGACUUUUGAAACGGGUUAUCAGGAAAAGUGGCAUAUUUAUCGACGAUAUUCCGAUUUUCACGAUCUCUAUCAACGUGUAAAGGAAAAAUAUUUUGAUUUAGCGAAAAUUCCAUUUCCCGGGAAAAAGGCAUUUCACAAUAUGGAACGAUCUGUACUUGAAAAACGAAUGGUCAUGUUAAAUGCCUGGUUAAAUCAAUUAACGAAACCAAAUAUCGCCGAUGGCCACAUGGGAUUGCAAAAUUUGCUUCUUGCUUUUUUGGAACAGGGCGAUUACGAUAAGGGCGUCACUGGUGGACAUAUUUCGCGAACGAUUGACACUUUGGUGAAUCCUUUGAAAUCAUCAAUGAAGACGGUAACGCAGGCGGUUAAAACAAUGCCCGAUAAUAUGAUAAAUACAGUGGACGGUGUUAUGGACAAAUUAUUUGGAAGUGCAAAAAAACACGAUAUAAUUUAUGAAAGUGUAAAAGUCGGAGCAAGUUUAGAUACAGAGACCGACGAUAAUAUUCCCCUGCGAAUAAUUCUUCUUCUAAUGGACGAAAUUUUCGACUUAAAAGUCAGAAAUCAAUGGCUAAGACGAAGAAUUGUUACUUUAUUAAGACAAAUUAUUCGAACAAUGUUUGGUGAUAUUGUAAAUAGAAGAAUUAUAGAAUAUGUUUCAGAGCAAACGAGUCCGAAAAAUGUUGCAAAGUACUUGAAUAUAUUCAAAAAUAGUUUUUGGCCUAAUGGCGUAAAGGCUGGACCUAAACCUCAUCGGACACCAGAGAUGAAAAGCAGAACGCGAAUAGACGCGAAAGUUGCGCUUCUCGCUUGUUUUUCUGAUGAUCUUAAACAUAUCAUAGGCAGCGAGACUACAAGAUGUGGAUUAUUGCGAGUUUUUGAACUCUUUCAGCGACCUGUGUUGAAUAGAAGACUGCUAUAUGUACUAUUAGAAGGGAUUAUUGAAACUCUAUUCCCAAAAAGAGAUUUCGUUUCAAUUAUUAGAAAAUUAUACUCGCCACAUAUUAAGAACAAAACUCAGGCCAAGUCUUGACGAAACUAAAAAUUAUUUAGCAAUCGUGUUUUUAAACAUAUAUUAUUUUAUUUUGAAUAUAGAAAAAAAAAAAUAAAUUGCUAAUAUGUGAUUAUUUGCCAAAUGGAUAUUUAGAGCUAAGAAAUUUAACGUGAAACAUUUUCUUGCGUGAUAGCUCCAAAGUCAAUUUGAAACUACGUCACACUUUAUACAUAAAUAUAUACGAUUUAAAAAAUGCCAGAUUUAUUUCUAAUAAUUGUAAGUUAAAUUUUCGAAUAUAAGAAAUUAUUUUUAUUAUUUAAAAAUGUUUUUUUAAAAUAUUUCAAUUUUUUCUUUUAUUCAUCGCGUGCCUUUGAGUUACAAGAUUUUUAUUGAUAUAAUUAAAUAUAAUAUUUUAAUAUUAUAUUUUAAUGUGUUGUUAUUCUCAAAUAUGGUAUUGGGACUAAAAACUAUAGAGGAACAAAUAAAAAAAAAAGAUUUGUCAUAAACUCGAAGACUUAAAGAAAUUUGCCUAUUUAUAUUGUUUUCUUUAUUUUUUUAAAAUAAUUUAAAGAAAAAAAUUUUAUUUUUAUUAUCUAUGAUAAGGAACCACUGAUGAUUCUUUUAUCAAUCACACAAAAAUAGCAAUCAUUCCAUUUGCAUUUUUAGAUUUAAAAACAAUUUUUCAUAGAAUUUUUUUUCAAUAGACAAAAUUCGAUGUGAAUAGAGAGGAUAAUUUUAUUUUUUAAUUGAAUAUAAUUUUCUCUUAAAAAAAAAGAAAAAGAAGAUGAAAUUCUAUUCUAAAAUGAUAUUAGAUAGGUAAUAAAGAAUCUUUUGUUUAGCACGAUAAAUUAUUCGCAAGCGUACUAUAGAAAAUUAUACACAUAUAUAUAUAAAUAUGUACAUCAAUGUCGUACCUCUGUAUAUACAUUUGUUUCUAUUGUAAUUAUUCAUAGGCGACAUUUAACAACUUUGCAGAUUAAAGAUCUCUUUAUAUUAUAAAA